AUGAGCGGCGACGCGUACGAUUCGGCGUGCGACUCGCUGGGCCUGCUGGAGUCGGCGUGCCUGACCAAAGUGGAGCUGAGGUUGACGUGUAAAGGCAUCAGCGACCGCGACGCUCUCUCCAAACCCGACCCGUGCGUGGUCCUCAACAUGCAGUCGCACGGCCAGUGGAUGGAGGUGGACCGCACGGAGGUGAUGCGCAGCUGCGUCAACCCGUCCUACUCCAAAGUCUUCACGCUGGACUUUUAUUUUGAAGAGGUGCAACGUUUGCGCUUCGAGCUUUACGACAUCAACAACGGCAAUUACAACGGCGUGAAGGACGCCGACUUCUUGGGCGCCGUGGAGUGCACCUUGGGACAGAUCGUAUCGCAGAGGAAGUUGUCCAAAGCGCUGCUGAGGCCCGGAGGGAAUGUUGGGAAAACUAUCAUCACGAUCACAGCGGAGGAGUUGACGGGGAAUGACGACUACAUUGAGCUUUCCUUCAGCGCCAGGAAGCUGGAUGACAAGGACUUUUUCAGCAAGUCAGACCCGUUCCUGGAAAUCUACCGUAUGAACGAGGACGCCACGCUGCAGCUGGUCUACAGGACGGAGACGGUGAUGAACAACUUGAAUCCCGUGUGGAAUACCUUCAAAGUUUCCCUUAACUCGCUUUGCAACGGAGACCACCAGCGCAAGCUGCAGUGCACGGUGUGGGACUGGGACUCCAACGGCAAACACGACUACAUCGGCGAAUUUGAGGCCACCUUCCAAGAGAUGCGGGGCGCCAUCGAAGGACGACAGGUGCAGUGGCCGUGCAUCAAUUCCAAAUACAAAGUGAAGAAGAAGGCCUACAAGAACUCCGGCAUCGUCAUCCUCAGCCAGUGCAAGAUCAUCAAGAUGCAUUCUUUCCUGGAUUACAUCAUGGGGGGCUGCCAAAUCCAAUUUACGGUGGCCAUCGACUUCACGGCGUCCAACGGCGACCCUCGCAACAGCUGCUCUCUGCACUACAUCCACCCGUACCGACCCAACGAGUACCUAAAGGCGCUGGUCGCCGUGGGCGAAAUCUGCCAAGACUACGACAGCGACAAAAUGUUCCCGGCAUUCGGUUUUGGCGCUCGCAUCCCACCUGACUACAAGGUCUCCCAUGACUUUGCGGUGAAUUUUAACGAGGAGAACCCCGAGUGCGCAGGCAUACAGGGCGUGGUGGAGGCCUACCAGGCGUGCUUACCCAAACUUCAACUCUACGGACCUACCAACAUCGCUCCCAUUAUACACAAAGUGGCCAACUCCGCCUCCCAAGAGGUUCACACCAAAGAAGCAAUGCAAUACUUCAUCCUUCUGAUCCUGACGGACGGCGUGAUCACGGACAUGGCGGACACGCGCGAGGCCAUCGUGCAGGCCUCGCACCUGCCCAUGUCGGUCAUCAUCGUGGGCGUGGGAAACGCUGACUUCGGGGACAUGCAAGUUCUGGACGGCGACGAUGGGAUCCUCCGCUCGCCCCGGGGGGAGCCCGUCCUCAGAGACAUCGUCCAGUUCGUGCCCUUUAGGAACUUUAAGCACGCGUCGCCGGCGGCGCUGGCCAAGAGCGUGCUGGCCGAGGUUCCCAACCAGGUGGUGGACUACUACAACAGCAGAGGCAUCAAACCCAAAGCGGCUAGCCAGUACCACGCCUCCAGAACCUUUGGACCUUGA